AUGCUGUACGUCUGGAGCAUUUCCGGAGAAGAGCUGGCGGCAGUACCCGCGGGCGACACCUUGGAAAGCGUGAUCCAACUGAAAUGCCACUUGAGAAGCCGACAUGACUUCCCAGUCUGCCUGCAACAGCUCCUACAUGCUGGCUGCUGCUUAGAGGAUCGUGCUUCUCUAGUUGGGCUCGUUGACCUGAACCUGGUGCUGCUAUCCACCCUCAGCCCGGAGCAGAUGUUUGAGGCUGAACGCGAGUUUCUUGACUAUGCUGCCGAUGCAGGCAAUGUGGAAGUUGGCCGCUCUCUGCUGAAAGCUGGUGUCAUACUGGUCUGGUCCUUUGCGACCGCGCUCAUGCGCGCAUCUUCAAAGGGCCACAUCGAGUUUGAGCGCUUGCUAGUGGACACGGGUGCCCAUCAGAACUUGCAGUACAAGAUGCAGGACAUGUCCAGUCUCGUGCUAGCCUCUUCAAUGGGCUACGUCGAGAUUGUAUUCUUGCUGCUGGAAGCUGGUUGCGACAAGAACGUGCAGGACAAGUCCGGCCAGACGGCUCUCAUGCGUGCAUCGUUCCUAUAUCCCCCGUGGGAUUUGUUUUAA